UUUCCAACUCUAUACCUUGAGAAUGCAGUAACUUAUGAUGAUGUGCAUGUGAACUUCACUCUGGAAGAAUGGACUUUACUGGAUCCUUCACAGAAGAGUCUCUACAGAGAUGUGAUGCUGGAGACCUACAGGAAUCUCACUGCUAUAGGCUACAAUUGGGAAGAUGACAAUAUCAAAGAACAUUUUCAAAGUUCUAGAAAACUUGGAAGGCAUGAAAGAAGUCAUAGUGGAGAGAAACCCUAUGCAUGUAAUCAAUGUGGUAAAGCCUUUUCAUGUCAUCAUAGUCUCCACAUACAUAAAAGAAGCCAUACUGGAGAGAAACUCUAUGAAUGUAACCAUUGUAAUAAAGGCUUUCCGUAUCCCAGUGCUCUCCGAAUACAUAAAAGGACACACAGUGGAGAGAAACCCUAUGAAUGUAAGCAAUGUGGUAAAGCCUUUGCAUGUCAUAGUUCUCUUCAAAGGCAUGAAAGAAUACAUACUGGUGAGAAACCUUAUGAAUGUAGCCAAUGUGGUAAAGCCUUUACACGUCAUAAUAGUCUCCGAAUACAUAAAAGAACUCAUAGUGGAGAAAAACCAUAUGGAUGUAAUCAGUGUGGUAAAGACUUUGUAAGUCAGAGUCGUCUCCUGGAACAUGAAAGAACACAUACUGGAGAGAAACCCUAUGAAUGUAACCAAUGUGGUAAAGCCUUUGCAUGUUCUAAGAGUCUCCAAGUACAUCAAAGAACACACACUGGAGAGAAACCCUAUGAAUGUAGCCAGUGUGGUAAAGCCUUUGCAUAUCACAGUGUUCUCCGAACACAUAAAAGAAAGCACACUGGAGAAAAACCCUAUGAAUGUAACCAAUGUGGUAAAACUUUUACAUAUCACAGUGGUCUCCAAAUACAUAAAAGAACACACACUGGAGAGAAACCCUAUGAAUGUAAGCAAUGUAGUAAAGCCUUUGCAUGUAGCAGUCAUUUUCAAAGGCAUAUAAGAAUUCAUACUGGAGACAAACUCUAUCAUUGUAACCAGUGUGCUAAAGCCUUUCCAUAUUACAGUGGUCUCCAAAUCCAUAAAAGAACACACACUGGAGAGAAACCCUCUGAAUGUAAUUAAUGCAGUAAAGCCUUUGCACAUCAUAAUAGUCUCAAAAUACAUAAAAGAACACAUAGUGGAGAGAAACCCUAUGAAUGCAACCAAUGUGGUAAAGCAUUUGCAUAUCACAGUGAUCUCCAAAUACAUAAAAGAACACACACAGGAGACAAACUGUAUGAAUGUAAUCAAUGCAGUAAAGCCAUUGUAUAUCAGAAUUACCUCCUUCUAUAUAAAAAAACACAUACUGUAGAGAAACCCAAUGAAUAUUAUCAAUGUGAUAAAGCUUUUCUAAGUCAGAGUCAUCUAGAACAUAAAAGAAUACAUACCAGCGAGAAACUCUAUGAGUGUAACUAGUGUGGUAAAAUCUUUGCAUGUCAUUAUCAUCUUUGGCGGCAUGAGUGAAUUCAUGCUAGAGAGAAACCGUGUGAAUGUAUUUAAUAUGGUGAACUUUUGCACAAUUAUAUAGUCAUCAUCAUGAAAGAAUUCAAACUGGAGAGAAAUUCUAUGACCAACGUGCCCUUGUGAUAUGGUCCACUGAGAUGCAACACUACUCAAGCACCAAGUCAAUGCAAAUGACAAGAACUUAUUUCAAUCAAGGUACUACUGACUGAUCAGGGCAUAGAUCAAACUCAGGAGCUGAAC